GGUUUCAUGCCCGCUCCAGGGCGGAAAGCUCCGCUCGUAUUCAUGAGGCGUGUCUGCGGCUGGGCUUGAGUGCUUGAUUGGAGUAAUUUCUCCGCGAGGCUUGACUAGAAUCCGUCUGGGCUUCCAUGGUUGGCCUUCGAGCAGGAAGCUCGUCUUCGUGGCUGACGCCGUCUCCUGCCCCCAGUGCGCUCCACUUUAUUCUCAGCGAGAAGUGUGUGCGGCUUCCCUGAGACAGACAGAGCUAUGCGAUGGUAAAAGCCGCAUAUGCGGUAUGCUACACACCUAUCAGGAGGAGGAAAAAAACCCACAACACAUCCCGCUUGUCCUCACACAGCAGCCUUAUCCAGAGCGGAGCCUAAAGUGCCAUCAGUACCAUGUCCCGACCAACAGGGGGCAGUGUCAAUGACAUCGCCCGCUUCCUGUCAUCAGGCGGGGGGCCGGGGUCCCCUACCUCUAGCUCGUCGGUGUUCUCUGCUGCCAGCCAGGCUGACUGGGCUGCCAAGCGGCUGGUGUGGGUGCCCUCGGAGAAGCAUGGCUUUGAGUCGGCCAGCAUUCGAGAAGAGCGCGGAGAUGAGGUGGAUGUGGUGCUCACUGACUGCCAGGUCAAGGUGACCCUUUCCCGGGAGGAGGUGCAGCGGAUGAACCCGCCGCGCUUCAGCAAAGUGGAGGACAUGGCCGACCUCACCUGCCUCAACGAGGCCUCGGUGCUGCACAACCUUAGGGAGCGAUACUACUCCGGCCUCAUCUACACGUAUUCCGGACUCUUCUGCGUGGUGGUGAACCCUUACAAGAACCUGCCGAUCUACACAGAGUCCAUCGUGGAGAUGUACCGUGGCAAGAAACGCCACGAAAUGCCACCGCACAUUUACGCCAUAUCAGAGGCGGCCUAUCGGAGCAUGCUGCAAGACCGAGAAGAUCAGUCCAUCCUCUGCACGGGCGAGUCUGGAGCUGGGAAAACAGAAAACACCAAGAAAGUCAUCCAGUAUUUGGCUCACGUUGCCUCCUCCCAUAAAAGUGGCUCUUUGGGUCGAAAUAAGGAAGCCGUGCAGAUGGACGGCUGUAGGUCCCUCACGAGGUGCAGCACUUUGGUGAACAGGCUGAGCUUCCAAUAUGGCGAGCUGGAGAGACAGCUGCUGCAGGCCAACCCCAUCCUGGAGGCCUUUGGAAACGCAAAGACUGUCAAAAAUGACAACUCCUCUAGAUUUGGUAAAUUUAUCCGCAUUAAUUUCGACGUAGCGGGAUACAUCGUCGGUGCCAACAUUGAGACCUACCUCCUUGAAAAGUCCCGAGCCAUCCGUCAGGCCAAGGACGAGAGAACAUUUCACAUUUUUUAUCAGUUGUUAUGUGGAGCAACAGAAGAAACGAGAGCUGAUUUGCUUCUUGGAAAUGCUGAUCAAUAUCGUUUCCUCACCGGAGGCUCCAUCCCCGUUCCUGGUCAAAGCGAUUCAGAGAACUUUACUCAGACCAUGGACUCCAUGGCUAUCAUGGGCUUCACUGCAGAAGAAUCCUUGUCCAUGCUAAAGGUAAUCUCAGCCGUGCUCCAGUUUGGAAACAUAUCCUUCACUAAAGAGAAGAACCAUGACCAGGCGUCCAUGCCCGAUAACACGGCUGCACAGAAACUGUGCCACCUGCUGGGCAUCAACGUGCUGGAGUUCACCCGUGCCAUUCUAACACCCAGGAUCAAAGUGGGCCGAGAGUAUGUGCAGAAGGCCCAGACCAAAGAACAAGCGGACUUUGCCAUUGAGGCUUUGGCAAAGGCGACGUACGAGCGUCUGUUCAGGUGGCUGGUUCACAGGAUCAACAGAGCUCUGGACCGCAGGCAGAGGCAGGGAGCCUCCUUCAUCGGCAUCCUGGAUAUUGCUGGAUUUGAGAUCUUCCAGUUAAACUCCUUCGAGCAGCUAUGCAUCAACUACACCAACGAGAAGCUGCAGCAGCUCUUCAACCACACCAUGUUCAUUCUGGAGCAGGAGGAGUAUCAGAGGGAAGGCAUCGACUGGAACUUCAUUGACUUUGGCCUGGACCUUCAGCCCUGCAUCGACCUCAUCGAGAGACCCACUCACCCUCCUGGUGUUCUGGCCCUCCUGGACGAAGAGUGCUGGUUCCCUCGGGCCACAGACCGCACAUUUGUGGAGAAGCUGAGUGCGGAGCAGGGCAACCAUCCCAAAUUCUUCAAAUCGAAGCAGCCGCGUGGAGAAGCAGAUUUCUCCAUUAUUCACUACGCUGGAAAGGUGGACUAUAAGGCAAAUGAUUGGCUCGUGAAGAACAUGGAUCCCCUGAACGACAAUGUGGCGUCUCUCCUUCACCAGUCGUCAGAUCAUUUUGUGUCAGAGCUGUGGAAGGAGGAUAUUCAAACUCUUCCUCGUGUGUACUUCUUUGACUCCUAUGCCUCACUGCAGACUAAUGGCUCAGACAUGGACAGGAUUGUGGGUUUGGACCAGGUGUCGUCAGGGGAAAGCAGUGGGCCGGUCGCUUUUGGAGCCGCCGGGUUAAAGACAAAGAAGGGAAUGUUUCGGACUGUCGGUCAACUCUACAAAGAGUCCCUCACCAAACUGAUGGCCACGCUCAGGAACACCAACCCCAACUUCCUGCGCUGCAUUAUUCCCAACCACGAGAAGAGGGCUGGUAAACUGGCGCCCCAUCUGGUUUUGGACCAGCUGAGGUGCAACGGCGUUUUAGAGGGGAUUCGAAUUUGUAGACAAGGUUUCCCCAAUCGCAUCCCCUUCCAGGAGUUCAGACAAAGGUAUGAGAUCUUGACUCCCAACGCCAUUCCUCGCACGUUUAUGGAUGGGAAACAGGCGUCAGAACUCAUGAUCAGCGCUUUGGAGCUGGAUCAUAAUCUGUUCAGGGUGGGUCAGAGCAAAGUCUUCUUCAGAGCUGGAGUCUUGGCUCACCUGGAAGAGGAGAGAGACCUGAAGAUCACAGACACCAUCAUCCGCUUUCAGAGCGCGGCCAGGGGCUUCCUCGCACGCAAAGCUUUCUUUAAGAAGCAGCAGCAGCUGAGCGCUCUGAGAGUGAUGCAGAGGAACUGUCACGCUUACCUCAAGCUCAGAAACUGGCAGUGGUGGCGACUGUUCACUAAGGUGAAGCCUUUACUGCAGGUGACCAGGCAGGAUGAGGAGAUCCAAGUCAGAGAAGCUGAGCUCCAGAAGGCCAAAGACAAGCUCACCAGAGCUGAACAGGACUACACUGAACUGGACAAGAAGCAUGCUCAGCUGUUGGAGGAAAAGGCGGUGCUGGCAGACCAGCUGCAGGCAGAGGCAGAGCUGUUCGCAGAGGCAGAGGAGCUGCGGGCCAGGCUGGCCAGUCGAAAGCAGGAGCUGGAGGAGGUUCUGGGCGAGCUGGAGAGUCGUCUGGAGGAGGAGGAGGAGCGGGGCGUUCAGCUGGCCAAUGAGAAGAAGAGGAUGCAGCAAAAUAUGCAGGACCUGGAAGAGCAGCUUGAAGAGGAGGAAAGUGCAAGACAGCGCCUCCUGCUGGAGAAAGUGACCUUGGAGACCAAAGCUAAGAGUCUGGAGACCGACUUGCUGACUGCUGUGGAGCAGAGAGACCGGCUCAGCAAGGAGAAGAAAAUGCUGGAGGAGCAUCUGAGUGAAGUGACCGACCAGCUGACGGAGGAAGAAGAAAAGACUAAAAGCUUAAACAAACUCAAGAACAAGCAGGAAGCUGUGAUUGCAGACCUCGAAGAGCGUCUGAAGCGCGAGGAGCAGGGGAGGCUAGAGCAGGAGAAGUGGAAGAGGCGGAUGGAGAGCGAGUCUCUGGAAGCUCAGGAGCAGCUGUCGGAGCUGGGUAUGCUGUCUGCUGAGCUGAGGGGGACGCUGGCUCAAAAGGAGAAGGAGAUCACCACCCUGCAGGGGAGGUUGGAGGAAGAAGGCGCACGGCGAGCUGAGGCUCAGAGAGCUCUGAGGGAGGCGUUGUCCCAAGUGUCCGAGUUAAAGGAAGAAGUGGAAAACGAACGAGGGAUGAGGGAAAGAGCGGAGAAACAAAAGCGAGACCUCGGGGAGGAGCUGGAAGCUCUAAGAACGGAGCUGGAGGACACUCUGGACACCACAGCUGCUCAGCAAGAACUCAGGUCUCGUCGAGAGGCGGAGUUAAGUGAUCUGCAGAGAUGCGUUGAAGAGGAAACCCGCCGGCACGAAGCCCAAGUUUCAGAGCUCAAAGUCAAACACAGCACCGCCUUAGACAACCUGCAGGAGCAGCUGGACAACAGCAAGAGAGCACGCCAGUCGCUUGAAAAGGCCAAAGCCAUGCUGGAGGAGGAGAGAAAUAAUUUGACCUCAGAGAUUAAGGGCCUCCAAGCGGGACGCACUGAGAGCGAGAGGGCCCGGAAGAGAGCCGAAAGUCAGCUGCAGGAGCUCGGCGCCCGCCUGGCCCAGGCUGACCGAGACCGGGAGGACAGAGAGGAGAGGAUGCACAAGCUGCAGACUGAGAUAGAAUCUCUUUCUGGGAAUUUGAGCUCCUCAGACAGCAAAUCACUGCGACUUGCCAAAGAAGUCAGCAACCUGGAGAGUCAGCUUCAUGAUGCAAAGGAGCUCCUCCAGGAUGAAACUCGUCAGAAGAUGGCGCUGGCCUCCAGAGCACGGGCUCUGGAAGAGGAGAAGAAUGGACUGAUGGAAAAACUGGAGGAGGAUGAGGAGCGAGCCAAAGAGAUGAGCCGACAGAUUCAGACUCUCAGCCAGCAGCUGGCUGAGCUUCGUAAGCAGUCAGAGGAGGUGAACACGGCGGUGGAGGCCGGCGAGGAGACGCGCAGGAAACUCCAGAGAGAGCUGGACAGCGCCGUUCAAAAGGAGCGGCAGAAGGAGGAGGAGAAGGAAAGAGUGGAGAGGCAGCGGGAGCGGUUGAGGGAGGAAAUAGAAGACAUGACCAUCGCCCUGCAGAGGGAACGACAGAACUGUGUCGCUCUUGAAAAAAGACAAAAGAAAUUUGACCAGUGUCUGUCGGAAGAGAAGGCCGUGAGCGCCCGUCUUGCAGAAGAGAGGGACAAAGCAGAAGCUGACAGCAGAGAGAAAGAAACCAGAUGUUUGGCUCUAUCCCGAUCACUGCAGGAAGUCCAGGACCAGAGAGAUGACUUGGAAAGGGUGAACAAGCAGCUCCGUCUGGAAAUGGAACAACUCGUGAACCAGCAGGACGACGUGGGCAAAAAUGUCCAUGAGCUUGAGCGAACCAGGAGGGCCCUAGAAGCAGAAGCCCAGAACCUGCGAGUGCAGACGCAGGAGCUGGAGGAGGAGCUGUCGGAGGCAGAGAACUCCAGACUGCGGCUGGAGGUCACCCUGCAGGCCCUCAAGGCCCAGUUUGAAAGAGAAAUCAGCACCAGUGAGGAGAAGGGGGAGGAGAAGAGGAGGGCCCUCAGCAAACAGGUUAAAGAGCUGGAGAUCCAGCUGGAAGAGGAGAGAACUCAAAGGUCUCAGGCUGUGUUGUCCAAGAAGCAGCUGGAGGCCGAGCUGCAGGAAGCAGAGGCCCACGUGGAGGCCUCCACCCGCAGCAAAGACGAAGCUCUGAAGCAACUACGCAGGCUGCAGGGUCAAAUGAAAGAAGUUCUGCGUGAGCUGGACGAGAGCAAGUUGUCUCGUGAGGAAGUCGCGGCACAAUCGAAAGACAGCGAGAAGAAAAUCCAAACGCUGGAAGCCGAGGUGGUGCACCUCACGGAGGAGCUGUCUGUGUCGGAGAGGCAGAGGAGACAGGCUCAGCAGGAGAGGGACGACUUGGCUGACGAGAUGGUCAACAGCAGCUCCGGAAAGAACGCCUUGUUUGAAGAGAAACGGAGGCUAGAAUCUCGAGUCAGUCAACUGGAGGAGGAGCUGGAGGAGGAGCAGAGUAACUUGGAACUGUUGACGGAGAGACAAAGGAAGAUGGCUCUGCAGGUGGAGACUCUGACUGUGCAGCUGCAGGGCGAGAGGACGCUGACCCAGAAGGCGGAGUCGGCCCGGGAGCUGCUGGAGAAGCAGAACAAGGAGCUGAAGACCCGACUGGGCGAGCUUGAAGGAGCAGUGAGGGGCAAACACAAGCUCAGUGUCGCCGCCCUGGAGGCUAAGAUUGAAUCGAUGGAGGAGCAGCUGGAACAGGAGAGACAAGAACGAGCCAUUGCCAACAAACUGGUGAGGAAGACUGAGAAGAAACUGAAAGAGGUGAUGAUGCAGGCUGAAGAUGAGAGGAGACAUGCAGACCAGUAUAGAGAGCAGCUGGAUAAAUCGAUGUCCCGCCUGAAGCAGCUGAAGCGGCAGCUGGAGGAGGUGGAGGAGGAGCACUCCCGCUCCAACGCUCAGAAGAGGAAGCUGCAGAGAGAGCUGGAGGAGCUCACGGACAGCAGCCAGAUCAUGACGCGGGAGAUCACCUCCCUCCGUACCCAGCUCAGCUUACCUGACUGGAGACCAGAGAAGCGUGUGCCGUUGCCCUUAGGGAUUCGUGGACGCAGGGCGCUGGUCGAUGACCUCUCACUGGAGAACUCGGACUCGGAGGAGCCUCCUGCCUCCCCUACCCCCUCCUCUGGACUCCCACAGACUCCAACUCCGUCGUCGGAGCAGAGCCUGGAAGCACUUCCACCCUACAGCGUCAACAACACGGAGUGAUGGACGGAGCGGCUCAGUCACACACAAACCCAGCCUCGAACACUUAGGGCUGACGGAGCGACGUGCACAUAAACAUACUAGUUUUAGAAAUAACAGCAACUACAACUCAAAAAAUAUCCUCUGCUCUUAAGUAUUAUGCCUCAAAUUUUCUGAAAGGGGUCAAAGAACAUGAACUUACUGUAACGAAUUCUGAAUUCACUCCGGUUUUUAAUAUAGCAAAACUGGAAAAUUUUCUAAAAACAUACAUAUCUAGUGCAUACUUGUCUAUAUCUACAACUUAAACAGAAUGAGCUGCUCUGAAAACCAAUACUAAAAAGUAUUUUCAACCUGAGCCAUGAAAAACCCAAACGUCAGGGUUCAAAACUCCUAUCAGACAAAAGGGCUGCAGAGAGGAACGUUACUGCAGGAGGCUUCACGACAAUCUAAAUAACAUCACACAGGAUGGACAAAAAAAUACAUAAAUAACAUUUUAAUUACACAAACAUCACAGAAAGGUGUAUGAAGACUGGAAUGCAAAUGACACUAGUGAUACGAAUGGCUUCAAUGUUGCUACUCAGAAUUAGUAAAGAGCCAACCUGCUGACGCACCAACGAUUGAAGCUGCAUUACUGAUCAAUCUCUUUUUCUAGAAGCAGGUACUGCUCGAUAGUCUCUUUAACUUAGGUCAACAUAUUAAAUUUGUACAAGUUAAGUGAGUUAUGAACUUAAGUUAUUGGUCUCUGCUUGUUUGCUAAAUGACCUCUUUAAAUGAGCAUGAGUUUCUGCCAGAUGCUGAACUGGAACUGAUUGUUGAACCUUUUUUUUUUUUUUUUUGCCAAAGCACCACUUUUCAAAGGGGUUUUUGCAUGGGAGGUUUCUUAGCUUAACCCUAUUGCAGGUGUACAAAAUAAAAAAAUGAAUGAAAAAAAGUACACAAUGAAUGACGGCUAACAUGACAAAAAAAAACACAAAAAGAAUGGUAUUAGUAUGUCUUUUGUCCCAAGAGGAAGUAAAAGAUGUACGUCUUGAACUAAUUAACUUUUUUUAAAAUAUCUGGUACGUUUGUUUUUACUAAAACCAUGUAAAUUACAGAUCAAACAAACCAAAGGGCGGCCGCAUGGAUUACAAAAGGGACAUCAGUUUGUAAAUUGGAAAAUAUUAAGUAGAUGUAGAAGAAAGUAGAUAAAAAAAGUAGAUGCUUGAGGGUUUUUUGUAUUGUUAUCUAUUAAAGAUUUGGAUAACAAUACAAAAAACUCAACCUCUGCUUAAACUUCUGUAGAACAUUAGAAAACCAGACAAAAAAAGAAAGUCAAAUACAGCUGGUAGACAAAAAUUAAAGCUGGUACUGACUAUUUUUUAUUUAGCUAACAGGAAAUAGAAACUGCAGUUUUUUUGUUUUAAAUUUUUGCUAUGAUGUUAUAUUAUUGUCUUCAGCAUCAACAAAACAGGCACUUUGAUUAUGCUAUUGUGAAACCUCGAACAAUAUUGUUUUCUUUUUUAAUUUUUGUUUAGAACACUUUUUUUUAUCCUAAAGAUAAUUUUUUUGAGCGUAUAAGUUGGAGACGGAUAUUUCCAAAACGCUCAAAUUGAGUUGUCUGAACAAAUAGUGCUUUAAGACAUUUUUUUUUGAGAAUUACGCAAUAGUACUGCAGUUAAAUGUGAUGGUAGUUGGUUACAAGAGGCUGCAUAUAUAAUAUGAUGCAGCCAAAACUGAGAAACAACUUAAUAGGUUUUAUCAUAUUUGCUUGUAGAACUUCUUUUUAUUUUUAACUUGCAUUAAAAGGAAAAAUGAUUUCUCGCUAAACGUUUUCCUAAAAAUGCAGCUAGCAUAAACUUGCUGCUUUCGGAGAAAAAGUUGUCACUCGAAACUACUUUUAAACUGUUUCUCUUACUUUUCAGUUUUGUCAUUGAUGAAACAAAGAACUUGUUUACCAAUAAAAUGAGCUGUUGCUUUUUUUUUCUUUAUGGAAACGAGCAUUUCUUUUUCAGGUUAUCAUGCUAAAGCUAGCAUGUUGCUAGCUACAGCUAAUACUUAAACAUUUUCAAGACAAGGGCCCAUAUUCUCAUUUAACUCACUGCAAAUAGCUUUUUUUCAUUUACAAAGAGCAACAUGUCAACUUAUCAUUAGUUUAAUUCAUAGGAAAUAAAUUUAAAGUUGUGCUGAAAUGUUUUUUUCUCCAUUUUUUAAAAUGUUUUCUUGCGCUUCAUGGACAGGAUUCAUGUUUACAGUUACUUGACCACAGUAGUUUUCGGUGAUCAGGGUUACCACUACUGCUCUUCCAUCUGUCUCUGUUUAAUGUAAAAAGUCAACAGUCAUUUGUGUACAUUUGCAAUGUGAUGAUUUGUAACCUGUAAUAAUCGAAGAUCAAACUAUCUAGGUCUGCAAAAACACUCAACAUAUUUACCACCCUGAAGAGUUUUUCAUUUUUAUGUUUUCUAUGUGUAAACAUUUUCUUUUAGAAAUGCAUUUUUUUUUAGGUCAUUGUGUAAAACCAGCACUUUACACAACUUGGAUGAAAGCAGCCACAACAUGGUUUAGCAGGUUAAAUUUUCAUCUCUAGUGGACAACAAAUGACUAAACCAGUAAAAAUCUCAUCUCAAAAUGUUAACAUCUAAAAAAAAUACUUUGUUUGAGCAGACCAGAAUCCCCUGAAGUUCAGUUCUGUUCAUAAGGCCGGUGCUUCUCUGAGGUGUUAUUUGUUUCUCUGUAUUUGUUUAUGGCUACUAUGGAACUUGAAAACUUUUUGGAAAUUUAUUUUAGUGUUUAGACUUUUUUAAUGAUGCUGUGAUUAUAAAACAUCUGCCUGGGGUUAACAUGACUAUAUGCUGUUGGUUUUAA